AAAAAAUUCACUUUCCACUUGAUAUGUUUGAUUGCCGAUGCUCCGAUGCGCGCAUACCUUAGACAAGUUAGACAAUAUAAUCACAGAUAUGGCUGUGAUUGGUGCCUAAUUGAGGCUGGUGGUGCCAUGGCUCGUGAAUUUCAUAAUCAUUCACAACAAGAAAUUAAUCGAUUACUUAGAAAGAAAAAAGAUUUCAUGGAUUUCAAAGAUUAUUUCGAAAAUAAUGAAAAUCAUCUUCCUCCUUCCAACAAUCGCUUCAAUGGUAUAAAUGGAAUCUCUCCCUUGCUGUGUUUACAUGAUUUUGACAUUGUAAGAGGCAUUUCAGUUGAACCAAUGCACAGCAUAAGCCUUGGGGUUUUUCGGAAACUUUUGAAUGGAAUCAUUAAUACUGAUGCCGUAAACAUUUUCGCGAAAAAUAUCACAAGAACAAUUUUCAUCAAAGAGAUGAGCCAGCGUUUGAUUCAGAUCAAAGGUCUUACAGAAAUGCCAAGAACCCCGAGACAUUUAGACCAGCUUAAAUUUUGGAAAUCUUGUGAAUUUGAUACAUUUCUGAGUUACUAUUUCUACCCAACAAGUUAUGGAUUAUUGAAAUUACCAGUCAUUCGACAUGUAUCAACUUUAGCAAGAAUUUAUUAUCUGGCCCACAUUGGACCCGUUGGUCAGUCUGUUUUGAGCGAAAUCAACAAUUUAGUUGAAGAAUUUCAACAAGGUACAUCAACUCUUUUUGGAUCCAAAUAUUUAUCUUAUAAUCUUCAUAUUCUCUCACACAUCAGUGAAUCACUCAAAUUUCUCGGUCCUAAUUCAAAUGUCUCCUCCUAUCCAUUGGAAGAUUACAUGGGGCAAUUGAAAUCUAAAGUUAGACGAUAUUCACACGCUGGACCCGCUCUCAUUCGAGUUUUCAUGAAUGAUUUUCGAUUCAAAGAAUAUGUUGAAACAAAAAUCAAGAAAUGGAAUCUUGUCGAGAAAGAGAAAAAAUUCUUCGGUCUAGAUGAAAAAGAUUCUAAAACAACAAAACUUGUCCAAGAAAAGAUUCCAGAUAAAAUGAUUAAUAUCAUUAUUGAAGUUUUAAAUGAUAAAUAUGAAGUUCAAGUUAAUCCGAUUGAUUUGAAAAUUUUCAAAACAAUCAGAUUUCGAGGAAUAAGAUAUUCAACGCGUAACUAUUGCGAGAAAAAGCUAAGAAACGAUGCUUUUAUACGCUCAGACGAAAAAUUUUAUUCAGUGGAAGCUAUUUGUGAAUUUAAAGCCAAAGUUCUAUUUAUUUGUCGACAACUUGAGACAAAAGUCACUUCACUUUCUUUCAACGGAUUCACUGGUUUUUUUUCAUUCAAGUUGGACAACACGUUUGCGAUUAUAAAAGAAUCAACAAAUUAUCAUUGUGUUGAAAUCGAAAGUGUAUCUACAAAGUGUAUUCAUAUCAACAGUAUCUCUUUUCACUGGACAAAUAAGACAAAUUUUGUUAUCGUUCCUUUUCUCCAAAACAAAUAACAUUUCAUCAACUGAAAAAUAUCCAAUUCAUUCGCCAAGUGUAAAAUCAACAUUUUCAUAAAUUCUAAUGCAAACAAGUUCGUGUGAAAAAAAUCAAACAAUGGAUUCAAUUUCAAUCAAAUCAGCAGCUUCAUUAUCAACAAAAAUAGAAAACAAAACAUCAAUCGAGGAGAUUAUUAUUCUGGAAACGAAAAUUGAAAUAUGUGUUUCCUUGGACAAUCGUGUCAUUUCCGAACAAGAUUCAAUUCAUCAUGAAAAUAUUCUGGAAGGAGAAAAUUCGACUGGAAAGAAAAUAUUCAAAACAAUGAUCUUGGA